CAUUUAAGGGACACCUGACCUUCAGGGAUGUGGCCAUCGACUUCUCUCAGGAGGAGUGGGAGUGCCUGGACCCUGCCCAGAGGGCCUUGUACAGGGACGUGAUGGUGGAGAACUACUGGAACCUGGUCUCCCUGGAUAUCUCUACUAGAUGUAUGAACAAAGAAUUACCACCAAAAGACAACAUUAAUAAUGGAGAAUUAUUCCAAACGUUGAUUUUGAAAAGACACGUAAGUCAUGACUUUGAUGACUUCGGUUUGAGGGUUCAGCAAGAUGGGAACAAAUUUGAGACUCAGUGGCUAUGUGAAGAAAAAAAUUACAAAGGAAUGACUACAUCCCAUUAUAAAAAUCUCACUUGUAGAGAAGACCAACAACAUCACAAAUUCUGUAAUGAUUUCCCUGUAAAACAUAGUGUUUCCGUAAGAAAUAGUAAAUCUCAAUACUACAAACACGAUACGACGAAUAAGGCACUAAAAAAUAAGGCAGGCUCUUCAGGAAAUAAGUAUAGGAACUGUUUGGACAAUAGGCUUGGAUUAAGCUUUCAUUCACAUCUGGCUGAACUGCAGAGAUUUGAAACCCAAGAGGAAAUUCAUGAAAGUAACCAAGUUGAGAAGUCUACCAAAAAGUCCUCAGUUUCACCCCCUCCAAAAAUUCCUUCUAGUGUCAAAACCAACAUUUCUAACAAGUAUGGGAAGGUUCUUACACAUUCUUCAUUACAGACGCAACAUCAGAAAACACCCAAAAGAGAAAAACCUUACAAAUGUAAAGAGUGUGGGAAGACUUUUAGCCAUUGUUCAACCUUAGCUACUCAUCAAAGAAUUCAUUCUGAGCAGAAACCUUACAAAUGUAAUGAUUGUGGCAAAGUUUUUAACAGGUUCUCAAACCUCACGAGGCAUCAGAGAAUCCAUACUGGAGAGAAACCAUAUAAAUGUAACGUAUGUGGUAAGGAUUUUAUGAUACGUUCACACCUUUGGGGACAUGAGCGAAUUCAUACAGGAGAGAAGCCUUACAAAUGUGAUGAGUGUGGAAAAGCCUUUUCUGAGUGUUCAAAUCUUGUUCAACAUAAAAGAAUCCAUUCUGGAGAGAAACCUUACAAAUGUAAUCAGUGUGGUAAGGAAUUUAUCACCCGUUCACAUCUUUGGGGUCAUGAGAGAACUCACACUGGAGAGAAACCUUACAAAUGUAAUGAGUGUGGAAAGGCCUUCUCUGGGAGUUCAAAUCUUACUCAACAUAAGAGAAUUCAUGCUGGAGAGAAACCAUAUAAAUGUAACGUGUGUGACAAGGCCUUUAGUCAGAAUUCAAGCCUUACAGUUCAUCAGAGAAUUCAUACUGGGGAGAAACCUUACACAUGUCAUGAAUGUGGUAAAGCCUUUAAGCAGUACUCAAGCCUGAGUAGGCACCAGAAUAUACACAGAAUGAAGAUAUAGAUGUAGAGCCUGUAGUAAGGCUUUUAUUAAAUGAUCUCACAUUUGGAGUCAUAAGGGAAUGCAUAUUGCAAAGAAACUUUACAAAAGAAUGAUAUGGCCUUUGUGCCAUGACUUGACCUCAGGAAUCACCAAAGAGUUCAUGUUGGAGAAAACCCUAGAAAUUCAACUUGUGGUGAAUUGCUUAAGUAAGUUGUACAAUGUACUGUACUUGAGAGAAUUCUUACUAGUGAGAACUAAGUCUAGUUCUUGAAGAUUAAUCAAAUCACAUAUCAAACUCUGCAGGAAAAUUAGAAGUCAAAGUGAUUUAAAAUUCCUGAGACAAUGGGUAUCAAAGAAGCAGGGGCGUCUAUGGAAAUGCCCACUUAUCUUCAGUUUAUACAGUCAUUUUACUCAUUUAGAUGUUAUGAUGAGGUUUACUUUAUUAUUGAAUUGGACCUAUGGUAGAAAAU